GACAUCCGGGCUCUGGGGACUUUCUUUUUCCUUCUCUCUCUCCUCCUCCUCCUCCUCCUCCUCACUCGCUCGCUCGCUCUCUCUCGCUCUCUAUUCUCUCAUCUUACUCUUACUCUUCUUCUUCUUCUUCUCUCUCUCCCUCUCUUCUCUCCCCUUCUCCCUCCUCUUUUCCCUUCCUCCUCUUCUCUCCCCGCCCGUGUGUCUUUUUUUUUCCCCCUUCUCUCCACGACGGUCAUUUCCCCAAAGUCGUGAAAAUCGUGUCGCUUGCCGGUCCUUGCAGAGACACGUUUUUUUUCCUCCUAACUUACCCUUUUCCUCCUCUCCCUCUCUCCCCUUUCUCCGACCCGUCCGUGGUUCUUCCCACCCCCUCCCCCCUCCUUUUCCACUCCCCCCUGCUGCUGCCCGCUCCGUUGGCGUGAAAAGACGCAGUGACCGAUCCCCCCCCAACAAUACUCUGAGCGAUGGCCGCCGUAUCAGCUCCCACUCCCAAGCUGGAUCGCUACAUCGUUAUCCAUGUUGCAACCACCUGCGAUGAACAUGGCGUUUACGUCACAAAGGAUUCCGCCGAGGUGAUUGAGUUGGGCUGGAUUUUGUUGGAUACUCAAACCUGCGAGGAGCUGCACCAUGAGAGCGUGCUUGUCAAGCCCGUCAACACCCCCAUCACGCCGCUCUGUACGAGCCUGACAACUUUAACAUGGGAGCAUGUUCGCUCCGCAGGUACCUUCCGCGAUGCUAUCAGCCGCUUCGACACCUUCGCCAAGGAGCACCUUCUCAGCAAGAAACUCGAAUUCGCUUUCGUGACAUUGGACUCGUGGGACCUCCGUGUUCAGCUGCCUCGCGAGGCCCGUGACAAGGCCGUCGUGCUCCCCGCAUACCUCCAGCACUCGCGGACGUUCGACCUUCGGACCGAGUAUCAGCGAUGGCAGACUCACCACCCGGAGUCUCUGCCCUUCGGACCCAGCUCGCUCUCCAACAUCUGCGCCGCUCUCGAAGUCGAACCCGUGCAGUCCUCCGCUCCCAUCAAGCACAACCUUCCGUUCCACUUGCAAGCGCUGGCCCCCGCGUCGCCGCGGCGAGCCAUGGAAGAAGCCAUCACCCUGGCUCGGGUGCUUCGCGGCCUCAUCCGAAAGUCUCAGCCCCCUCAUGAACACCCGGAGAUUCUGACUCGUCCCAUGGAUGCCAGAGCCGAUGUGCGUGCGUUCUUGACUGAGCGCAGCAAGGUGCUGCAUCUGAGCGGCCUGCCCCACGAUACCACCCAAUCGGAGCUCGAGAGUUGGUUCACCCAGUUCGGUGGACGUCCUAUCGCGUUUUGGACCCUCCGCACUCCGGACCAGCACAAGCCCACCGGCACUGGAUUUGCAGUUUUCUCGUCCCACGAAGAGGCUGCUGAAAGUCUGUGCAUGAACGGUCGUGCUCUGAACGAAAAGGCCAUUGAGGUCUCUCCUUCCUCCAGCCGUGUCCUCGACCGUGCUGCUGAGAUCCUGACGCCCUUCCCUCCCUCGAAGAAUCGUCCCCGUCCUGGCGACUGGACCUGCCCGUCAUGCGGUUUCUCCAACUUCCAGCGCCGCACCGCCUGCUUCCGCUGCUCUUUCCCCGCUAUGGCGGCUGCUCCUGAUCCGAUGGGCUACGGUUAUGGAUACGCUCCUCCUUCCAUGAUGCCUCCCCACAUGAGCCACGGUGGUCAUGGCAUGGGUCACUCCCGCGGCAUGGGCGGCAACGGUGGAGUGGUGCCCUUCCGUGCUGGUGACUGGAAGUGUGGCUCCGAGGGCUGUGGUUACCACAACUUCGCCAAGAACAUCAACUGCCUGCGCUGUGGUGCCCCUAGGUCUGGCGCCGCAGUUGUGGCCGACUCAGCUUUCCCGUCCCCCAUGGACCCUCCUACAGGCUUUGGCAUGGGUCCUAACUCCAUGACGAGCACGCCGGCUCCCGGAGGUUUCACUGGGUCGACUGGUGGGUUUGGUGGAUUCAGCCAGCAAUUCGGAGCUCCUCCCAACAACUAUGCCCUGCCAUCGGGCUUAGGCAGCACCCCCAGUGGCUACGGCCCUAUGGGUCAAAUGAACGCUGGCUACGGAUCCUCGAACACCUCGCACUCCGCGGCUUCCUUCUCUAACCCCGCCGCUCAGGCCGCUUUCACCGGCGCCGAUCACGCCACCUCCACUAGCGCCUCGAACGGUGCAUUCUACGGCAACGACGCUGGCAGUGACCCCUUUGCUUUCCUCUCCACCGGCCUUGGUGGACUGACUGUGGGCGAGGAUGGCCACUCUCGCCGCAACGGUGCUGGUGCCAACAAGUCCCCGGCCUAAACGGCUGUCGGGCUUACUCUUUCUCUCUUGUUUACGGUUGUUCCUCUCUCGUUUUUUGUCCAUAUGGAGGUCUGGAAUGUGUUGGUAUAUGUG